UCACUUCACAGCUUCAGAGAAAUCAGCGGAACACCAGCCAGGUGUCCAUAGUGAGGGUGGUUGCCAGGGCGAUGGCACAGCAGUAUCCUCCCGAGGACAGAGUGCUCGCUAGAGUCGCCGUCUUACAGGAUGAACUGAACAAGAACGUGUGCGGCUGGGCAACCAUCGCCAUGGAAACUGACCCUAAAGUCCUCGCCCAUCUCCUGUGGACCUGGUUGGACCGACUCAAGGAGCCUGUUCUGAGUCCCAGUGACGUCCAGAUGUUGAUUUCAACCCAGACAGACCAGAACCCCCUUCAUGUCUUACAGAAGAACCAACGCUGCACCAUUUCCUGUCUACUGCGCUGUAUCUGUCAAGUCACAAGUCUGUGUCCAAUGCAAGAGGACAGUAUGCUAAAUCAUCUUAUAAGAGCGCUAACCAGGCGCCCUCUGCAGGAGAUUGAGAACAGUGCUGAAUUUCUGCAGAUAUUCAGGAACGCGAUCAGAGAUCAUCUCCUGGCCAAUGCGCUUUCCCGCAGCACACAUACACAAUCCGGCGCAGAUACAUUGGCCAACACCCACGGAUGAUUAAAGUCAUAACACUUUCUACACACACGGGUCAGGUGAAGGGAAGACGGAACAGGGGAAAUCUUGGUGGAAAAUACUGAGAUAGAGUUCUUUGACACAAUUACAUUUUGUUUGUAGACUGCUACUUGUUUGGAAAAUGAAUAAAUCUUUUUACAUUUGAAACUCAAUCCUGUAUGCCUAUAGCUUAAGCCUAUUAUCUCUCUCUGUGUGGUCUAAGUGUGUGUGUGUGUCUGGUUGAACGUUAACUUGUCUAGCCUAUAUAAUCGGUUAAUAGAUCAGAAUGUAGUCAGAAACAGUGCGAUUUAAGUCCAUGGACAGUGUUCACAGUUUAAUCACAGAGGUUUCCACUAAGACUGUUAACAUAGCAAGAUUCAUAGUCAUGCUGCAUAAAUGAGGGCUUUCUGUAAAGAUUGGGGAGGUAUGUCGAAAUCAUUGAAAUUAAUCUAAUGCCAGUCAGAGGACGUCACUAUGACAACGUCGUCAUAGUGAACCAAAGGAAAACUUAGAAACAAUCAGUAUUUCAAACCUGCUGGUCAAGCUGCGUCGGGGAAGUAGGCUACGGAGUGGCCAAUUUAAUUCUCUACUUAGGUAAGGCAAAACCCUUAAUUAAGGUAUAUAAGGUAAGGUAUUUUGGAAGGCUAUUUUAACUUAGCCAGUUUUUAAUAUGCCAUUGAAAAUAGAUUCACAUGAAACCGAUCGGGUGAAAACCAGUAAAAGGCAGCUGGGUAGGUUAAGUUCUUCAGUGCAAUUAUACGUUAAUCAUAUUGUUAAUGUGUUGUAUAGCGUAGUAAGCUAAAAUCUAUGCACACAAACAAUGAGUUAGACACUCUCAGAUGAGCUUGCUCAGGUGGGCAAGGCUGUCUGUUUUAUUAGUGUAUCAACAGUGAUGGCAGAAGCAAAACAUCGUAUAUGUUGACCCUUACUGACAUUGGAAGACAUUGCUAGAAUCUCUGUAGGUUUAGGCUGACGUCGCUAAGAAACGUGACACGACAAGCGAAUAUUGUUACGUAAUAGUAUGACGCUAACAGCGGUCUUUUUAUACUCAUUAAAAUAUCUAUCACCCGAAGUUCACCUGCACUUGCUGAUCAUUUACACCAGAGAUCAUGACUGUAAAGGAUGAUGUGUGGGUUGGUGCCUGGAGGCCCCAUAAGCCAAGGGGUACUAUUGCAGCCCUCUACAGCAACCCAGGGCCCAAAUAUGCCCUUCCCGGGGCUACAGGUCUUAACAACCAUGACCCACGGAUGCUAAAAGGUCCCGCCUUCAGCUUUGGUACGCGCCAUCGCCUGUUCAACUCCGACUGCUCACCUGGUCCGGGCUACCUUGUGCCCCCCAACAUCACUCGCGUGGGCAGAGACGGCACGCCGGCAUACUCACUCUACUGCCGCCGCAAGGACCCUCAGCUGUUCCAAACACCUGGACCAGGCCGAUACUUCCCGGAAAAAUCCGGAAAGAUGGCGUACCACUCUCCUCCCGCCUACUCCCUGUCUGCUCGCACCCGAGGGUUCAGGAACGAUCAGACCCCAGGGCCCGCUGCUUACAUGCUCCCCCCUGUGAUGGGCCCAAUGACUGUGAAUAAGGCCUCGGCUCCAAACUUCUCCCUGACUGGCCGCAGUAAGAUUGGCAGCUUCAGUGAGGACCUGCAGAAGACUCCAGGUCCAGGGUCCUACAGGGUGGUGGACCCCUCCACCUACACACAGAAGGCUCCUCAGUACAGCAUGAUUGGCCGAAACAGCAUGCCUGGAGACACCACCAGGAAGCCUGGGCCAGGAGCUCACCAUCCUGAGCAGGUGACCUUCACCAGGAGCCAAGCCCCAAGCUUUUCAUUCGGGAUCCGCCACUCUGAGUUCAUCGCCCCUCUCAUCCCAGAUGUGGCUGACUAGACAGAGCCACCUUCAACCAUGUUAGAAUAAAUAUGAUUACUGCAGGAAUAAAGCUUGGCUAACGGGCAACUAACUGUGUGUUCAUUGUCCUGGAAUGGCAUAACAAAGUCACAACUGUCAUAGCUUACAUGUUAAAGGCAAGGCAAGGCAAGGCAAGGCUAUUUAUAUAGCGCAUUUCAUGCACAUGUGCAACUCAAUGUGCUUUACAUAUACAAUAGCAGGAAAGACAAUAGAGAAUUAAAAUGAUAAAAAAUAAGAGUAAAGUGAAACAAGUAAAAAUAAGAUGAUAAACAUAAAAAUAAAAGAUAAGAAAGUAAGUGUACUGGAAGAACAUAAUCAUAUGGAAUAUAGGUGCCACAACUCACAGUUUAGACAGGUACUCCUGUAGCAAGCAAAUCAGUGAAGCAAAUCAGUGUUCAUAGGCCC